CUAUGUAUUUAGAAUGCGAUAGUAAAGUCCCUGAGCAUCUUUGUUUUGUGUUCCAUUAAAAAAAGGUUUGAAACUACACGAGAGCGAAUGAAUUAUGUCCGAAUGUUUCCUGCCGGUGUUUUUUUAAACGCUUUCUCGUCGAGCACCGCGUGUCCCCUCUGAGUGCCCGUAACAUGUGUGUCGUGUUGUGCUCGGUCUGUUUUUAACAUGAAAGCUGAUCCUGCAGUGAAUGCAGAAAAACGCCUGACGAGGGAAACCGAGCCGGGACAGUAAGACCAAGAGUUUAUUUACACACUUAACAAACACAUACAACAUUAACUCCCAUCUCAGUGUGCAGCGGACUGUCCAGAAACACCCGGGUAGUUAGUGUGGACAUGAUCCGCUGCCACGCGCUGUUGGCGGGAGCUCUAGCGCGCGCGGCUCGGCGGUGUACCGCAGAUCUCCAGUGUGCUCAGGUCAAGCUGAAGCUGUGUGUCCGAGCUCAGAGAUACUGCUGUGGGAGUCCACUGCAUGCCAUAGAUCAGAAACACACCAUGGAGGAGAUCAACAACAACUCUGUGUCCACACGACAAGAACAGAGCACUACACAACAGAUCAACACUACCAAGGUCAAGAAGGUCAAAAAAGCAAAGAAAGAGCCGAAGAGAGCAGCAGGCCAGAAGCAGAAGCAGAAGGAGGUGGAGAGCGCCAGCAGCCUGAUGGACGAGCUUCCCUUCUCCAGCACCGAGGUCUGGAAGGAGCUGGGCUUCUCCAGCGCAGACUCGAGCGUGAAGAAGAAGCGUAAGAGAGGAGACGGCGCUCGAGUGGAGACUGAGGAAGACGGUGAGAAGAAGAAGAAGAAGGAGACGGCUCGGCCAAACUACUUUGUCUCUGUGCCGAUCACGAACCCAGAGAUCAAGCAGGCGGUGCAGGGUGUGCAGAAGCUGCUGCUGGAGAAGGAUAGUCGUCUGUCUCGAGCGCUGAUACCUGUGGACACACUACACAUCACUCUACUGGUGACUCACCUGAGCACACAGGAGCAGCUGGAUCUUGCUGCGUCUACACUCUCAGAGCUGGAGUCUCCUCUGAACGCUCUGCUGGGGGGCCGCAGGCUGGUCCUGCCCUUCGCUGGAGUCGCACACUUUAAACAGGAAGUGGCUUUCGUUCCGAUCGCGGCGGGAGAGCAUCUGAGCACUCUCACGCUCAUGGCAGAGAGCAUCAGGAAGGCAUUUGAGGAGCGGGGCAUCGCUUCUGGAGAUGACAGAGCAUUCAAACCUCAUCUGACGUUUCUCAAACUCUCUCGAGCUCCUAAACUACGCAGACAGGGCAUUAGGAAGCUGGAUCUGGCGCUGUUCUCAGAGUUGGAGGGCCGUGUGUUUGGUGAGGAGUGUGUGUGUAGAGUAGACCUGUGCUCCAUGCUGAAGAAGAAGAGUGCAGAUGGAUACUAUCACUGUGAGAAGAGCGUCCGCUUCAGUGUUAAGAAAGCCCCGGCGGAUGAGGAGUUAGUGAGUCUGAGUAAGCGGCUGGUGGAGGAUGCCGUGUUGAAGGCCGUCCAGCAGUACAUGGAGGAGACUCAGCAGAACGGCUCCAUGCUGAAAGACAAGGGGCCACCGGGGGCCACCGGCAAACUCCCCAGCACCAAAUGAGCGUGUGAGCCCCGAGCGACCGGGCAGAGAGCCUCCACACACCUCCACCUGCCAGGGGGCGCCAGAGCGCAGCAGAGAGCCGUUUGAGUUGAGCUGAAGAAGAGCAGAGUGAAGACGCACACAGCACUCAAACUGAACUUGAUUUUCCUGUCUUUCCCCGUCCUGCAUCACUCUGUGUGUUUGACUUUAUUAGUGACGGAUCCUUCAGAGAACAGCACACGGGUUCACACACACACACACACACACACACACACACACACGCUGCUGUAGUGUCUGGAGGCUGUUUCAGUCUGUCGGUGUUGCUUUGGCAUCUUCACGUCUGACAGUCACAGUGAACUGCUCAGUUUGACCUAUGACCUGCAGGCCUGAACCUCUGAGAGAGCUCUGAACAUGCUGAGAGUGAUGCUGUGUGUGUGUGUGUGUGUGUAACCCUGCAUACGUGUUUCACUGUCAGAUGAUGUGUGUGUGUGUGUGUGUCGUAGGGUGUGCGUCUGCUCGGAGCAGAAUGGACUGUGAAAGAGAGCGCAGGCGGACGCAGGUAGAGGCCAUCAAGACACUGUUAGCACAGGAACACAUCCGAGCUAAGAUUCGACAGGAACUGGACUCGGCCGUCAGAGGAAGUCCACACUGAAGCUCAUGGACACACACAACCAUCUCAGAGUAAACACACUCACUCACACACACACACACACAUCAGUCCACAGCGUUCUUACUGAAGCGAAGCCGGUCUUAAAAAGAAUAUUAUUAUAUGAUUUUUUUUGUGAGGAAUUCAAAUGUAUAUGAGCUGAUUUGAUGAAUUUGUCUGUGAUGCUUCAGAUGAGCACCCAGUGGCCUUAGAGAAAUCACUCCUCCUGAUAUUGCUGAAGAACAUGCCGUUUCAGUUUAGCUUUUCCGUAUUUCCACCAGAACCUUAAAAUGUGUUGUGUUUUUUUUAUGGCCCCGUCCUGAUCUUUCUUGAGUUUGCCCGUUCUGAUGAAGUGUUGAAGCCAGCUCCAUUCAUGUAAACAGUGCUAUGAUGUCAUCGUUUUUUACUCUUAAAAUAAAGGAGGAGAUGAGAGCGAGUGACGUGA